GUGGUUCUGUCCAAUGUUUUAAAGCCUCCUUCCUGAAACUGUUCAGACCAGACAAGGAAAAAGUGCAACACGACAGAGUUUGUAUUCUGAAACCACUGGACUUUUCUGGGUGACUAUGACCCGACGGAGCAGGUCCUUUCUGCUGUUAAUUCUGUUUGGGAUUCAGGCUGCUGUUUUGGUUUCAGCUUAUUCCAGAGAGCAUCUGGUGCGACAAAAAAGAGAGUGGGUGGUCCCUCCAAAACCCCUGAAGGAGAAUGAGGACCACACCCAGAAGCUAUCUAUUGCCAAGAUCCGAUCGGACCAUGCAGGGACGGAAAAAAUUACUUAUUCCUUAGAGGGCAUCGGAGCAAAUCAGUACCCUUUUCAUGUGUUUGUGGUUGACCCUAAUACUGGAGAUGUCCGUGUGACCAAAAUCCUUGACAGGGAGGACAUCGCCCUAUACAACCUUUCAGGUGUUGCUCAUUUUCAAAAUGGAAGUGAAGCAGAGGAACACAUUUACCUGGACAUUAGGGUUUUGGAUGAAAAUGACAAUCCUCCAAUAUUUCCUUCAAAGAUGGAAGCUAAAGUGUAUGAACUCAGCCCUCCAGGAACUUCAGUUAUACAAAUCACUGCCACUGAUAGAGAUGAUCCAGAAACAGCCAACGCUAAGAUCGCCUACUCCAUCAUAGACCAGAAACCCCGCAAAGACUUUGGCAUUAGCAAGGACGGCAAGAUCUAUGUCAGCAAUUCUAACUUGGACAGAGAAGAAGAAGAUACAUACAUUCUAACAGUGACUGCUGCAGAUCUAUACGGUGAGCCAGGUGGACACAUUACAACAGGCACCAUCACUAUCAAAAUCCAAGAUGUCAAUGACAAUCCUCCAACUCUAGAAAAAUCUGAAUAUGAGGCAACCAUUUUGGAGAACACAGAGAAUGUUGAGGUGAUGAGGCUCAAAGCAGAAGACCUGGACGAAGAGAACACAGACAACUGGGAUGUUGUUUAUGAAAUCGUCAAAGGGAACGAGGCCGGAUAUUUCAGCAUAAAAAAAGAUCCCAUAACCGGCGAAGGCAUCUUAAUGCUUGAUAAGGCUGUGGACUUUGAGGAUGUAAAAAACCUCGACCUAGGGCUAGCGGUGCGCAACAAGGCCCCCAUGUUUGAUGGAUCUAUUCCCAAUGGUGGAGCUAGUAUUGGUUUUGGAGGAGGUCCCAGUGGUGCCAGUGGUGCCAGUGGUGCCAGUGGUGCCUCUGGUGCCAGCGGUGCCAGCGGCUCCAGCAGCUCCGGCGGCGCCACUGGAGCCAGUGGUGCCUCUGGUGCCAGUGGCGCCAGCAGCUCCAGUGGCUCCAGCAGCUCCUCUGGAACCGGUGGAUCCGGUGGAAAAUUCAAAACCUAUCCAAUCAAAAUCAAUGUGAAGAACCAGGCAGAAGGACCACAUUUUGAACCAGCAGUCAAAGCUAUUCCAGUCACAGAAGGAAGCGAGUCCUUCACCGUUGGUCAAGUCAUCUCCAGUUAUCCUGCAAUGGAUAAAGACACUAAGAAACCAGCAGAGAACGUCAAAUACUUAAAAGGAAACGACCCUAACAACUGGAUUACCAUUGACCCUGACACAGCGGAAAUAAAACUGAUGAAGGUGCCUGACAGGGAAUCUCCAUUGCUGGUUAACGGAACAUAUUUUGCUGAAAUUCUCUGCAUUUCAGAAGAUAUGCCGGAAAAAACAGCAACUGGCACUAUUGCCAUCCAAGUAGAGGAUUUUAACGACCACUGCCCCACGCUGACCAGUGAAGUCCAGUCCAUGUGCACAACCAAAGACAGCGUCAUUGUUAAUGCCCAAGAUGAAGAUGCAUUUCCUAAUGCAGCGCCGUUUGAGUUUAUCAUCAACCCAAAAGGCACAGAGGGAAAAUGGCACGUGGAGCGCUACAACGAGACUGCAGCUAUUUUGAGGGUGGAGGAGGAGCCUUGGCCUGGUGUCUAUAAACUGAUGGUGGAGGUGAAAGACCAGCAGGGAAAGUCUUGUGAAACCCCACAAAAGUUGGAUGUCCAUGUCUGUGUCUGCGAGGAUGGAGUUGUCUGUGCAAACCGAGCCUACAUGGGUGAGACUGAGAAGCUGUCGGAGCUUGGAGCUGCAGCCAUCGGCCUGCUUUUUCUGGGACUGCUGCUUUUACUGCUCAUUCCUUUGUUGAUGUUCCUCUGCCAGUGUGGAAGUGCGGCUAAAUAUAAGGACCUCUUUACUGAUGUGCCUUAUUCUACAAAAUCUCAUCUCAUUCACUAUGACACUGAAGGCCCCGGAGACAAUGUGGAAGCUGCUGCUUUGCUGACCUUACCAACACAGAAUAUAAAGGGUGUGGAUCUACAAUAUGUAGAAGCUCUGCCAGGGGCUGGAUUUGAAAUGCAGCAAUCAGUGGCUUCCAUGAAUCAGGGCAUGUUCCAAGGUGUGUCCUCAAAUGGAUCUCAGACAAUCAUUAAGAAGCGGGAGUCAAACAGCAGAGGGCAGCAGAGUCAGGGUGGAAAAGGUUCUUUCCAAAAGUCUGAAGUCUCGCGUGGUCAAAAGGUUCAUGUGAUCAGUGGUGCAUCCGGCGGCUCUGAGGGAAGCACCUCUUCCUACACCCUUACUACAUCCGCCAACAAUGGAGUAGUUGUUGGGCAGAAGCACAGAGUAAUCAACUAG